UAUCUUCCAAUUAUCUUUAUCGCCACAUGCUUACACAUACUGGAGAGAAGCCUCAUAAAUGUGUCCAGUGUGGAAAAGCUUUUAAAAAAUCGUCAAACCUUAAACGUCAUAUGGUAGUACACACUGGAGAGAGGCAUCAUCAAUGUUCCCAGUGUGGAAAAGCAUUUAUAUCUUCCAAUGAUCUUUAUCGCCACAUGCUUACACAUACUGGAGAGAAGCCUCAUAAAUGUGUCCAGUGUGGAAAAGGCUUUUCACAAAGUUCUUCUCUUAGAACCCACAUUCUGAUACACACUGAAGAGAAGCCUCAUAAAUGUUCCCAGUGUGGAAAAUCAUUUAUAUCUUCCAACGAUCUUUAUCGCCACAUGCUUACACAUACUGGAGAGAAGCCUCAUAAAUGUGUCCUGUGUGGUAAAUCAUUUAUAUCUUCCAACGAUCUUCAUCGCCACAUUCUGAUACACACUGGAGAAAAGCCUCAUAAAUGUGUCCAGUGUGGAAAAGCUUUUAACAUAUCCUCAAACCUUAAACGUCAUAUGGUAGUACACACUGGAGAGAGGCAUCAUAAAUGUUCCCAGUGUGGAAAAUCAUUUAGAACAUCCCAAGAUCUUCAUCGCCACAUGCUUACACACACUGGAGAGAAGCCUCAUAAAUGUGUCCAGUGUGGAAAAGGUUUUUCACGAAUUUCAAAUCUUAAUAAGCAUAUGAUAAUACACACUGGACAGAAGCCUCAUAAAUGUGCCCAGUGUGGAAAAGCAUUAUCAAAACGUUCAAAUCUUAAAAGCCACAUGCUAAUACACAGUGGAGAAAUGCCUCAUAAAUGUGUCCAGUGUGGAAAAGUUUUUUCAUUAAUGUCUAGUCUUAAACGUCAUAUGGCAGUACACACUGCAUCGUGACCAUGCUGCGCAAAUUUGUUCAAAACUGCUGCAUUAAAGUUAACUCUGCUU